AUGUGCUAUGCUUUUAAUAUUGAGCAGUUCAACUCCACUUGUGCUACAUAGAUGCCUAGGGGUACUAAUUGGAUUGUCAGCACACCAUUCGAUUUCAAAUUCACCAAUGGUCUCUUGAACCAGGCAAGAGAUUUCAAUAUUUCUGCUGUGAUAAUCAUCUUCGAUACACCUAUCGAUGCAGCUGGAUAUUAUUCAGAUCCCGCAUACGUGAUUUUAUCAAUCGGAUGGAUUGUUCUAACUUGGAGUGUAUUCGAUAGGCAUAGCUCAUCUCUCUAGAGAGCACUCUUAGCAGUUCCAGUAUUGAAGCUGCUACAAGUACUAAUUUAUGGUAUCUAUGUUGGAGAAUGUCCCUGGGUAAAUCAAAUCCAAGCAAGAUAUAUGAUGAUGGCUCUUGUUACAAUCUCAACAAUCUAUCAAACAGUUUUCAUAGCAAUUAUGCUCUUGAUAAUAGUUAAGAAUACUAUGGAGACAAGAUAGCUUUUAAGAUUAGAAUUUGAGAGACUAGGAAGAGAAUAAUUCAAUGCUAUUCUACCCUCAACUGCUUUAAAGCUAUCUCUAAUGAAUAAAUACUUUAUUAUAGCAAGCUUUUAUUUCUUCUAUGAGUUGAUAAUCAACGGACUGCUACCUACUUUUGAGAGUGAUUCAGAAAGCUUUGAUCCCUAUUCGAUUGUGGUCUAAUAGUUCUAUGAUCUCAUUAUAAUCACAAUGCUUCUAAUCGUUUUCAGGUCAAGAGUUUGGCCUGACUACUUCAAUCUCGGAUUCGAAGCUGUAUUUGGUGAGUAAGACAAUAAUGAAGACGAAAGAAGAACAAUUCCACUUUUAAAUGCUGAAAUUAAUAGCAAAGCUCUAAAUUCAUAUCAAGGAAAGAUCACAUCAUCAGAAUUCAACUCUUACGAUCCAGUUCUAGUUGUCUAUCCUUUUGAUAGCAGGGACAGCAAUGAUGUGCCAGCAAGUUAUAAUGAGAAUCAAGAGGAAUAGUCAUCACUAAUGGCUACUAAUGAUUAUCAAAAUAUGAACCAAAAUAGUAAUAGGGGACUAAAUGUAAGCAACAUUUACAGAAAUUUGAAAAUGGCAUUCAAAGUUCCUAAAAAGUAAUGA